AUGGAUAACCAGCCGUCGAUGUUCCAAAAACUCCUUCUCCGCCGUAUACAGGAAACAUACGGCAGCUCAUUUCCGCCCACCAUCCAAAUCGUCAACUGUCUUCGCGCAAAACAUCCAGAAUACUGUCGCCACACACCCCAACAGUUCACCAGGAUGGUCAAGCAAACCUUAGAUUCCGACAACAGCAAAGGUAAGCGGAAGUUUAGUAGCUAUCAAGAAGGCCAUCGAUCAUCACCAGCUACCAAAAUUAACGCCCGUACGUCUUCAUCUGAAUCAGACUCUUCGGAAUCGUCUUCAUCUGAAUCAGACUCUUUGGAAUCGUCUUCAUCUUCUUCGUCUUCAUCCAAAUCAGAGUCUGAGGAAGAAGUUUGCAGCCAGCCGAAGAAGAAAGGAUCUAAACAUGUAGAGGUAGUGUUGGCUACAGAUAAAAAAGUUGAUUUGGUGAUGGGAGGUAAAACUGUUAAGCCAACAGUGGCGAAAGCUACGUUGUCACAUAAAUCGAAAUGUUUGCCUAAUGAUGAUGCCAAUGGAGAAGAGGAUGGGCCGUGGUUUAAGGACCUUUUUGGUAUAGAUGAUGUAUUGAUUGAGUUGAAGCACAAGGUGAUACUUCCUUUAUAUAAUCCACAGGUAUCUUGUAACUACCCAAGAAGUCGGAUGGCUGGUAUCUUGUUAUACGGGCCGCCUGGCUGUGGCAAGACUAAACUAGCUCAUGCCAUUGCUAAUGAGUCUGGACUUCCAUUUUAUGAGAUUUCAGCCACUGAAUUUGUCUCUGGUGUAUCAGGUGGAUCAGAAGAGAAUAUAAGAGAGCUGUUUUCGAAAGCAUACAAAACUGCACCAUCUAUAGUUUUCAUUGAUGAGAUUGAUGCAAUUGCUUCAAAAAGAGAAAACCUUGGAAGGGAGAUGGAAAGACGUAUCGUGACACAAUUAAUGACCUGCAUGGGUGAUCACAAACGAGGAUAUGUUUUGGUGAUUGGUGCUACUAAUAGACCUGAUGCUGUUGACCCAGCAUUAAGAAGGACGGGAUGUUUUGAUCGUGAGUUCAAAUUAGGUGUUCCAGAUGAAGUUGCUAGAAUAGAGAUUCUUUCUGCACUUACACAAAAUAUAAAACUUGAGGGUGCUUUUGAUCUGAUCAAAGUUGCAAGGUCCACUCCAGGUUUUGUUGGAGCUGAUUUAGAAGCUUUGGUGAAAAAGGCUGGUGGCAUUGCUAUGCACAGAAUUUUUGAAAGAAAGUUGGAACAUUCUAGAAAGAAUGAAGGCUGGUGGAGGAAGGGAUAUUGUUGGACUCAUGAAGAGAUUGCCAACUGUAGCUACACAAUGUCUGAUUUUGAGGCAGCUGCCAAGCUAAUUCAACCCGCUAUAACAAGAGAUGGAUUCUCGAGCAUACCAAAAAUCACAUGGGAAGACGUUGGAGGUCUUGAUUCGUUGAGGAGAGAGUUUUUUAACAACAUAGUCUUGCCUAUUAUAUGUCCUGAAUUGGAAAAGAAAUUUGGAAUAGAUUGGAAGACAGGAUUUUUGCUUUAUGGACCUCCUGGAUGUGGAAAAACAUUGAUUGCCCAAGCUGUUGCUAACGAAGCAGGAGUAAAUUUCAUACACAUUAAGGGUCCUGAGCUUCUGAACAAAUACGAUGGGGAGAGUGAAUUGGCAUUGCGGACUAUAUUCAGUCGUGCAAGGACAUGUUCUCCAUGCAUACUAUUCUUUGAUGAGAUAGAUGCUAUAACAACAAAGCGUGGAAAGGAAGGGGGGUUGGUUGUUGACAGACUACUCACCCAGCUACUGACAGAGCUAGAUGGUAAUGAUCAACGCGAGGGAGUUUACGUAAUUGCUGCUACCAACAGGCCAAAGGUGAUGGACAAAGCAAUCUUACGCCCCGGAAGGUUAGGGACACAUAUGUAUGUUCCUCUGCCGAACCAAGAGCAGCGUGAGAUGAUCUUAAAAGCUCUUUCUAGGAAUAAGCCUUUAGAUGUUGAUGUCGACUUGGGUGCUAUUGCUCGGAGCAAGGCUUGUGCAAAUCUAAAUGGAUCGGAUCUUAAAAGAAUGAUGGAUAUAGCUACAACGGCUGCUGUUAUAGAAGGUCUUACAGAAGCUUUCACUAAAUCUAAAGCUGCUAUUCAUGAGGGGGCAUCUAGCUCAUCAUCCGAAAGCUAUCUAGAUGAGAUGCCAUCUACUAUCAAAGCUGCUCAUUUUGCGCUAGCAUUGGAAGAAAUUUCCCCUUCCAUCUCUGAUAAGGUCAGAUUUGAUCUUUGA